AUGGAAAAUAUUGUUGAACAAAGAGUGUGCCUUAAAUUUUGUGUUUCGAAUGAUAUUUCAUGUGGUGAAUCACUAAAAAUGUUGCAAAAUACCUACGGCGAAUCGUGUAUAUCGAAAACAAGGGCUUAUGAAUGGUAUAAGGCUUUUAAAGAAGACCGAGAAGUAGUAGUAGACUUGCCUCGUUCUGGUAGACCUUCAACCGCUACGACCAAAGAAAACAUCGACAAAAUCAAGAAGCUAGUGCUCGAAAAUCGACGUAUGAAUCUAAGAGAGUUGGCUAGUGAGGUGAACAUAUCUUUUAAGUCCGUCCACAACAUUCUCAUUGACAUUUUAGGCAUGAAACGCGUCGCCGCUCGACUAGUUCCAAAAGAGCUCAAUUUUGUUCAAAGAGCGCAGCGAAAGCAUGUCGCUGAAGACAUGGUUUCCCGAGCUUCUACGGAUCCGACCUUUAUGAACCGUAUAAUAACUGGCGACGAGACAUGGGUUUAUGAGUACGACAUGCAAACAAGCCAACAGUCUUCAGAAUGGCGUCUCGAAAACGAGCCGAAACCCAAAAAACCGCGGCAAAGUCGCUCCAAAAUCAAGGUGAUGCUGACAGUUUUUUUUGACUACCGUGGUGUGGUUCACUCCGAAUUCCUUCCAAAGGGAGAAACAGUGAAUAAAAAAUAUUAUUUAGGCGUCAUGAAGCGUUUGCGUGAGAGUAUCCGCCGAAAACGUCCAGAUUUGUGGCAACACAACUCAUGGAUGCUGCACCAUGAUAAUGCACCAUCACACACAGCCAUUAUAGUGAAAGAGUUUUUAGCGAAAAAUUCAACAAAAGUUCUCGACCAAGCACCGUAUUCACCUGAUAUGGCUCCGUCUGACUUUUUUUUAUUUCCCAAGUUAAAAUUACCACUUCGAGGAAAACGUUUUGAGUCGAUAGAAGCCAUAAAAAAAAAUUCGCUGAAUGAGCUAAAAGCCAUACCGCAAAUAGCCUAUGAAAAAUGUAUGGAAGACUGGGUGAAGCGUUGGAGAUGUUGUAUUGCAAGCGAUGGGGCCUACUUUGAAGGCGAUAAAAUAAAUUUAGAUGAAUAA